ACAUUGGAGGAGCACGAGGCAGAGACAGGUAUGAAGUCUAAAGAGGCCAGAAAGUAUAUUUUCAACAGUUUGGAUGAUAUAGUGCAUGUGAACAUGGUGAUGGAUUUGGAAGGAAGUGACCUGUUGGCAGAGAAGGCUGAUAGGAGGGAGUUCGUCAGUCUGUUGAAGAAAAUGUUGCUGAUUGACGCUGAUUUAAGAAUCACUCCAGCUGAGACUCUGAACCAUUCUUUUGUUACCAUGAAGCACCUCCUCGAUUUUCCUCAUAGCAACCAAGUGAAGUCCUGUUUUCAUAUCAUGGAUGUUUGCAAAUGCAGAUCAAAUUUGUAUGACUUAAGUAAUCGCAAUAAAACAUCACUUAUGAGACCAGUUGCCUCAGGCAGUGCAGCUAAUCUGACUGCGAACUUUACCAAAAUUGCUCCAGUAAGAAGUCAGGCAGUAACUGCAUCUGCCCAUUCCGUUGUGCACCAAGGGAUACCACUGCAGGCAGGAACUGCUCAGUUUGGUUGCGGCGAUGUUUUCCAACAGGCGUUGAUUAUAUGUCCUCCAACUAUUCAAGGAAUUCCUACAAACCAUAGUAAACCCACCAGUUUCUCCCUGAGGGUGGAUAAUGCAGUUCCAUUGGUGACCCAAGCCCACGCAAUCCAGCCACUACAGAUUCGAGCAGGAAUCCUUUCUCAGACAUGGUCGAAUCAGACCCAGCAAAUCCUGGUUCCUGCAUGGCAGCAAGUGGCACCAGUGGCAGCUCCUGCGACGUCUCUGGCCUCUGAUCCUGUGGCUGGCCCACAGAGGCUUGGAGACUGGGGGAAGGUGAUUACCCAGGGCACCCAUUACAAUUCAAUGAUACCGCAGCCUCUCUUAACGCAUCAGAUAACCUUGUCUGCCCCGCAGCCAAUUAGUGUGGGCAUCGCACAUGUUGUCUGGCCUCAGCCUGCAGCUGCCAAGAGGAACAAACUGUGUCAGAACAGGAGCAAUGGGUUACACAAUACCAAUAUCCAAAAUUCAGCCUUUAUAUCUCCAAAGAUACUUAACCUGAAGGCUGUAAAGAGAAUAAGUUGUAUAGAAGCACAGGACAAUCAUAACUCAGAAGGACAGGAAAGUAACUGUUGUGAAGCAUCGGUCAGGCUGGACCCUGAUUCAUCUCUUUCAACCAAACAGCGCCAGGCUAUCUUCAUUGCCAGCUCCCCCAGCCCAGCAGUCAGCGUGAUCACCAUCAGCAGUGACACAGACGAAGAUGACAUAGGACGAACACAUUCACUGAGAGAGUGUAAAGGUAGCCUUGACUGUGAAGCCUGCCAGAACACCCUGAACAUUGACCGCGUGUGUUCUCUCAGCAGUCCUGAUAGCACUCUGAGCACUAGCUCCUCGGGACAGUCUAGUCCAUCUCCUUGCAAGAGAUCCAACAGUAUGUCAGAUGAUGAACAGGAAAGCGGAUGCGAUACUGUGGAUGGUUCCCCAACUUCAGACUCUUCAGGACGUGAUAGCCCAUUUGUGGAAAAUGGCUUUGUAGCUAAUACCAAUAACAAUAAGGAAACAAGAGCAUCGGUUGAUCCUGAAACCAAAUCAGCUGUUUGCACGGUAGUGGUACCACCAAUGAGACUUGAAAACAGGUUACAUCUUGAUGAACAGAUGGUGAAUACAGAUGCUACGUGCCAGCCACUGAAAAAGGGUCGGUCUGUCCUGGGAAGAAUAAACCAGUCUUCUGUUGUAGGAAACCGUCAGCAAAAACUGACGUCAGCAUUCCAUCCGCAACAUAUAAGCUUCAGUCAGGUUCAGCACUUUGGAUCUGCACCGCAGGAAUGGAACGGAAACUACGCUCAUCGGAGGCAGCAGCCUUACAUCCCAGCCAGCAUUGCCAGUCAUGCUUUCUCCCUUCCGCAGGGAAGUCCAAAUCACACCACCGUGCAUGCGCAUCUCUCUGGAAGUACCCACCUUGGAGGACAGCCUGCUAUCCUUCCGUACCCGUCAUCCGCACCCCUCAGUACUGCUGCGCCUGUUGCCCACCUCCUUGCCUCGCCAUGUACCUCAAGACCCUUGUUACAACAUCCAACGUACAGUAUAUCUCAUCCCAGUGCUAUAGUACACCAAGUUCCAGUUGGCAUAAAUCCCCGUCUCUUACCUUCCCCAACCAUUCAUCAGACUCAGUACAAACCAAUUUUCCCACCACAUUCGUACAUUGCAGCAUCACCUGCUUACACAGGAUUUCCACUGAGUCCAACAAAACUCAGCCAGUAUCCAUUCAUGUGAGAACUCAAAUGCAGUAUGUUGAGGAAGCUCAAUGAUACAGAAGUUUGAUUUCAGAAGAAACAUGGUAUUUAUUAAAUAUUAGCCAUGGCACAACAGGAAAAUUAUUUUUUUGAAUCAUGUAGACUUGGGUGCAAUUUAAACGACUCCGAGCUUUAAAAAAACUCACUUUUAAUGUGUUUUGCACAUUUGGUAUAACUUGUCUUUGGUCAUGUUAUCUUCUUAUAUAGUAACUUUAGACAGGUGACUUACGGGAGCAGAAAUCUGGUUUUGCUCCUGCUAUUUUUUAUAAAAUUGCCUUCUAACUAGUGCAAGACACGUCUACAUUUGGGAAGCCAUUCAGUGUACAGAACUAGAGCAACAGAUGCACAUGUGUCAGCAGUACAGUGUAGAAGUAACUUGUUUGUAUUGCGUAUUUUGGUGUUUAAAUGUUGAGUCACUUAUCUAAAGGUUGAGCUGUUGUUCUUCACAUUGCAUGUGUCUUUUGCAUGGGCAAAAAAAAAAAAAAAAGCCUAAACAUUGCUCUUAAAUGUUGUUGUCCUAAUAAUCUCAGCUGCAUUGUAAACUGUUUCCACACAUAGUGCCUUAAAUAUUUGAGGUUGUUAAUGUUAUUACUUAUAUAUAAAUGUUGAGGACUGCAGCACUUAAAAAUUCAGAUCUGCUGAUUUUUUGAUAGCGUAAUGCUAAUUUUGGGUUUUGUGUGGUAUGAUUUUAGUAUUGGGUGUGUUUUCCUUAUCCAGAAGGCAGCAUGUUUUGCUGUAGCUGAAUUUUGCUGUCUUUUUUUUUCCCCCAGAAUGAUCUAGCUUCAAGACAAGAUUUUAGUAGUGCUUAAGAAAAGUUGAUUCAGUAGCUAUGGAGUAGUGACACACAACACAGUAUUUCAUACUGGUAAAUGGAACUGCAAUACAACCUAAGUAGUUUAUUUUAAAAGUGUUUGUCUAAUUGGAUAUAAUAAAAUGUUUAGAGGUGCGGUAGGCAUGACUGACUAGCUAAUGAAAGAAAAAGCCAAGUGCUCAUUGAUCCAUGAUGUGGUUUCAUCUUAGCUUGAGCAAACCAUGCAGUAUUUAAUAACUAGUAGGAGAAUAUUUACUAUUGAAGCUUGAAAAGAUGUGAGUUCUUUGUGUGCAAUCUUUCAUUUAUGCAUGGGAGAGAUUUUAGUCUUUUUACAUGAUAGUAUUUGUUUUAGCCUGUUGCGGGUGUUUGCUUAUUUAAUACAUUCCGUCAGGGACGUAAAUUACAUGCUUUUUGCAUUCUUUUUUUUUUUUUCUCCUUAGGAAGUGUGUCUUUUCUGUUUUUUGUUUUGUUCAAAUGAAGUUGCUUUUGCAGCACCAAAGACUUAAUCAUCCAUUUCCUAUAAAAGGUAGCUACUUUUUCAUAGACCUCAAGUAUACUGUAGUGUAGAAUGGGUUUUACAGAAGGUAUUAAGCUGAGGCUGUGUUUUAGCUUAUGGGCAAGUAAUAAAUUGUAUCAUUUAUCUUGAAUGUAUCAUAGAUAAGCUGCUAUAUAAUGAUUGCCACUUCAGAUAGCUGUGAAAUUAGGUGAUUAACUAGUUCUUUCUUAGCCUUCUAAUUUCUGUACAAGUCUAAUUACAUGAAAUAGAAGCCGGGUUUUGGGUUUGGUUUUUUUUUUUUUUAAUUUUGUUUUCAUGUUUGAAGUGUCGUAACUACUAUACUGUAAAUGAUGGAAAAUGAUUGCAUAUGUUUUUUUGGGGUGUGUUAUUUGCAUCAGUAUUUUAUCUCCAUUAACUUUGAGCUCAUCACUGCAUAUAAGUGGAUGUAUUGAUGUAACUUAAUUUUUUUUUAUGUUUCCAUAUUGGCAUUGUGUAGACACUUAAGCUGCAUCUUGCAGGCUUGACUUAACUUUUUUUUAAAACAAAAUCUGGAAUACAAUCCUUGCGAUGUUGACUGGAAUAAGAGUGCAAAGCAUUUGAGUUUAACUCUGUCAAUAAGCUAAUAACUGGUAAUCUUUUUCUUUACUCCACUAACACAAGCAGUGUUUUAUUUAAUGAAUGUCUGAAUGAAAUAAAUGUGCCUACAUUUGAUUUAUUUUAAAGUACUAUCUAAAAUACAACAGUAUUAGAUCUUAAAAAAAAAAUAAAAAUACCAGCAGUACAUUUUUAAUCACACUGAAAAUUAAGAGACGUAACUUUUCCCAAAAGUUUCAGUGUUUUUAGUAAUCGACUCUAUGCAUUUUGUACAAGUGUGUGUAUAUAAAGUAUACAUUAGAAACUAGGAGUAUCCUGAUGAAUUUGAAAUCUUAUCAACACAUAUAUAAAGCCUAAAUAUAGGAAGUCAAGAAAACGCUUGAAUUGGAUGUCCACCUUACCACUUCAAACUCACGCUAUAUGGUCCAGCAGACGGUUUUCUGUUCACUCCCUUGUGUUGGGAAGCGACGUUUUUUUGGUGCUUACUCCAUUGCAGGCAAUGGACACACCAAGAAUCACCAAUGCAAAUGGAGGAAAUGAAUUUUGUAUCGUGAUAACAAAAAAAUACUGCAUUUUUUUUUUUCUGGGGCCAUGGGGAUCUUCAUUGGUCUAAUGUAUUUACUGUACUUUCGUUUUACUGUGCUGAAGGUUUUAAGCUACCAUGCUUGUUAAAUUGGCAUGAUUAUCUGUGUAUCACAACAGUAUCCUACCGUAUGCAGGAAAAAGUUGCUGUAAAU